AAAAAAAAACGUCAUUUCCGGCUUUGAGUACCAAAGGCAAGAUGGAUGGAAGCAAUAUUGAUCAUUUGGAUGCUCGUCUUAAUGUUUUAGAAAAACAUGUUUAUGGUGAACGUGUACGAAGUAAUAGACCUUUCAAGUGUAAUGAAUCUCUGUCGAGAAUAAACACUGCACUUGCAAACACGGCAAACAAGAGGGAACGUGUCAAGAUUCUUCACAAAAAAAUUGAAGAUCUACUGAAGUACCUAGAUCCACAGUUCACAGAUUAUAUUGCUGUGCCAGAUGCCAUGAAACUGGAGUUUAUAUUAGCAGAGGAGGACUUCCUGCGUUCCCAGGCUGCCUUGCUGGAGCUAGUGAAUAACCUACAGCCUUUGCUGGAUAGCAGUCACAUUAAAGCUGUUCCAGAGCUUGCUACCAAAGUUCAACGCCUAUCUGAAAUUCACAUCAAACAGCAGGACCAAAAUGAAGAACUAUCUGCAGAAGUGAAAAGGUUGUUUGAAGAAUAUAACAAAAUGAUGUUUCUCCUGUCAAAACAGUUUACCCAGUGGGAUGAAACUCUACGGAAAUUGGAAGCACCUAAACAAGGCCAGCCAAUUGAAUAGUGUAAUAAUACUAAAUGUUCCAUAGUCCUAAUUUAAUUCUGUCUUUUCUCUCAUACAGUUGCUACUUAUUUUGCUUAUUUGCAACUUAGAUGUGUCUUGUACUUACUCUAGGUCAUUGUCUUGAGUAAUAAAGCAUAAAUAUUACUGAAUUAGUCAUUACUGUCUUGUACUUGCAUGCUUCUUGCUUUAUACUCAAAUAGUAAAUUACACUAAAGCACUGUAAUGUGAAAUGUUUCCUAGACUUUGAGUAGAUUGUGUAGAACCACUUAAAUGUCUUGUCCAGAUUGUCCUAAAUGUCUUGUUUCUGA